UACAUGCGAUCGACAUGCAUCGUCAUGGUUUGCCAUCCACUAUCACUAUGGACAUAAGAGAUACACAAAAGGUCCUCUUGCCUGGUCCACCAAUUCCAGCCUCUCAGAAAUCGAAUGUGCCCAACUUCUCGAGGAUCUUGACAAUACGCGCUCACGGCUCAGAUUCACCCGUCAAGAAACGAAAGAAGCCCGAGCAAGCAGUCAUGAGGAACCCUUCCAAACUGUCAACUGUGCAGAGAUGGGAUGCCCAAUCCCACAAGUCCGCCGACUGGGAUGGUCUUCGACGGCUUUGGCAACAGGAUGGCGACUGCCUUGUUCAUCUUUACGGCCAAGGAAAAUCAAAGAGAGGUGCCUCUUUUAAAACGUCAUGUGCUUUAGUCGAGGCGACAGCAGGUGCAUCGUUCCUCAACAGAUAUAUGGCAUCGGACUCGACUUCGUGUAAUGAGAGUCUUGAUGGCACAACAUCAAGCACAUCGUCAACGCAUGCAGAGUACGAAUUGCACAUUCCAGCUCCCGACGACGCACUCCGAGAAGAGGCUUACCGCUGGCAUAUCACAACACGAAAUUUCUUUGCAUACAUUACGAAUAAACCGCUGGUCGGAUCGAAAUUGGGAAGAACUUUUAUCGACCUUUUCGAACGCAUGGACCUAUUCUGUUCUGAUAAAACCAGUAACCUCCAGGACUUCUUGUCAUACGCUCGUGAACAAGGCUAUUCGAAAUUCAUCAACCGGCCGGACUAUGCACUGGCUUUCCUCAAUUUUGCUGAGAAGUUCAGGCUAAAGGAUCUCUGGAUUGAUGCUUUCGCUCAUUGUGUUGGCAUGAACGAGCAACUUGAUCUGAGUGUGGAAUUCAACGACGUGAGUAAAGUAACUAAAGCUCUGAUCACACGAUCUUACCUGGAGAUGGAUUUGCACUUGGGCCGAGUAAGCAAAGCUCUACGAAACUUCUUGGAAGAUGAGCUUGCCCCUACACAUUUAGGACUACCGGCCCCUGCCCGAAAUCACCUGGAUCGCUUCCGCUCUNUUUUGCACUCAUUUUAUGUCAACAAGUUUGGAUACUGGCCGCCAGAAACCGGUCACAUCAUGGACAAGGGCCUCUUGCGGAGUAUGCACCAAGAGUUCCAGAUGCUAUACAAUUAUUUGGUAGACGGCGAGUCUUCUCCAACCAAAUUACUUACUGGCGGCAUUUGUGUGGUGCAGAACGUCAAUGCCUUCAAUACCCGUCACAAAUACGAGCCAUUGCCUCAUUCUUGCCCUCUGCUACCUGACUACCACAGCCUCGAAUACAGAACGUCAUCGCAGAAGGGUCUUCGAUCAUUGAGAUUGACUUCAAAGCCCAGCAAGGUGGAUCAAAGUGUGACAGCACGAGCUGCUCUUUCUACGGCGACAAACAAAAUACCAGCUAGCUCAGCGCUCGUUCGGAAUUACAUAUACUUCGAGAGUGAGCUGACCUUCAGGCCAGAAGAGAAGUUAUCAAUCGGUGACGCGCGAAAGGUUCGAUGGCUUGCCAUCUACACCAUCUUGCAAAUGCUCACCAACGCGAUACGGGCUCCCAAGGAGGUGGUAGAGGCAGAUGCUGUGCCAUAUCACCUUUGCUUGUUGACAACAGGCAUGCCACCAUGGACUGACGAGUUGGACGCUCCCGCUUCCUUGUCUUUGCAGGCGGCACCAAUCAAGACUGAAGGAGAAAACAGCGAUGAGCCUGCGUUUACGAUUCAUCCUGACUGUGAGGACAACGACUACUUUUCUCACAAGAUGAUGCCAAAACGAUGUGAUUCGCACUCUUCUCUUCGACCUCAACCGCUACGAAUCAAUACAUCAGGUGCAGUGAACCGUACUGGUUCAAUCAGAAGUCUGCACAGAAGUUUAACGUCCAACUUUUCCUUCCCAACACGACGCGCCUCGGUCAGAUCUUCUUUCGUGUCAAACAAUACUCAGAGCAAUUCUACCGAUCAGACUGGCUCCUCUAUUGCUGCCGAGUCGCCCGGGAGCAAACGCUUCUCCGGUUACUCAUUCGCUAUAAGCGAAGAAGAAUCUCUUGGCUAUCUCAAUCCCCACCAGCCGCAGUCUACAACGACUACGCAAUUCUACAAUCUGCCUGAAGCUCGCACACCCACCCUUGAUACCUUUAUGCUGGACACUCUCGCAUCACCGGAAGGGCCCUCGACACCCUCAAGCUUUACAUCUUCAACCAUGUCGCCAGCUUCAGCGUCAAGCAACAUGUGGGAUAGCAGUCCUCACAGCGUAACUAGUGACGACUUGGACUCUCAAAGCUGGUACGAUCGCCACAGCAGUGCGGGAGUCUACAACAUGGACCACGAAAGCGUCUGCAGUGACACUCAGCGCAAGUCCAGUGGCUCCAGCUGCAGCUGCUCUGGUGCCAACAGCCCUGCGCCCAAUCUUUCGACCUUGACUGCUUCUUCUGCAGCAGCUGCGACUGCAAAGUUGCUCAGCUCUCAUGCAGGCCUGGCUUUGCAACAUCAGAUCCAACAGCAGGCUGUACAGAUGCCUGCUUGGUGGGGUGUCGCAGGCGACAGAACCCCCACGCGCUCAUUCGGAGUAUCUGUACCUGAAGAUGUUCCCGAAGACGGUGUCAUGGCGUUCAGACCAUACAGCCAAGAGUUCGUUGUAGAGAGAGGAGUGGAGAGCACAGUCGAUAUUUUCGACGCCAUGAGCAUGUUGAAC